AUGAGUGAAUUAAGACACCGCAGGGGUGACGGUGAUGGGAACGAAAAAGUAGAAACUGCUGGAGAAUCCGAUCAUGUGGAUUCUGAGGAGGAAAAGGUAUUAGAAGAGAAGUAUGUGGAUGAAUUAGCUAAAUCGCUGCCUCAAGGAACGGAUAAGACUCCAGAAAUUCUGGAUUCGGCGCUUUCUGGACUUUCAUCGCGAUGGAGGAAUUGGGUCAUCCGAGGCAUUUUCACCUGGUUGAUGAUUGGAGGUUUCUGCCUUCUCAUAUAUGGCGGACCAUUGGCUCUUAUGAUAACGGUACUCUGUGUUCAAGUGAAGUGUUUUGAGGAGAUCAUCAAUAUUGGAUAUGCAGUGUACCGAGUCCACGGCCUGCCUUGGUUCCGAUCCCUUUCUUGGUACUUCCUAUUGACUUCCAACUACUUCUUUUACGGCGAGAACCUGAUUGAUUACUUCGGUGUCGUCAUUAAUAGAACGGACUACCUUCGUUUCCUGGUGACGUACCAUCGCUUCAUUUCCUUCAGCCUGUACUGCGUUGGCUUCGUCUGGUUCGUUCUAUCUCUGGUCAAGAGAUACUACAUGAGACAAUUCAGUCUAUUCGCCUGGACCCACGUUGCGCUACUAAUUGUCGUCACACAAAGCUACCUCAUUAUACAGAACAUAUUUGAAGGUCUCAUCUGGUUCAUAGUACCAGUUUCGAUGAUAAUCUGCAAUGACGUCAUGGCUUACGUGUUCGGCUUCUUCUUCGGCAAGACACCUCUCAUCAAACUCAGCCCCAAGAAGACGUGGGAGGGAUUCAUCGGAGGCGGCUUCUCUACCGUCGUGUUUGGUUUGGUGCUAUCCUACCUCAUGUCUCAAUACCCCUACCUGGUCUGCCCCAUCGAGUACUCGGAGUCCCUCGGCAUGACCAUGGACUGCGAGCCGUCGGGGCUGUUCCGUCUGCAGGAGUACACCACGCCGGCCUUCAUGCUGCCGCUUGUGAGGGCCUUUGGUCGUGAGAAAAUCAACAUAUAUCCUUUCAUGAUCCACUCUCUUGCAUUGAGUAUCUUUAGCUCUGUAAUUGGACCAUUUGGCGGAUUCUUUGCUUCUGGCUUCAAAAGGGCUUUCAAGAUAAAGGACUUCGGUGACGUGAUCCCCGGUCACGGCGGCAUCAUGGAUCGUUUCGACUGUCAGUUCCUGAUGGCGACCUUCGUGAACGUCUACAUAACCAGCUUUAUUAGAACCGCAACGCCACAGAAACUACUGCAACAGGUCUACAAUCUUAAGCCAGAGCAACAGUUGCAGUUAUUCUACGCUCUCAAAGAGUCGCUUGAGAACAGAAACAUUUUAAACCUGAUACCUUAA